AUGAUAAACGAACUGAAGGUUAUUUCAGAUCCUAUAUCGGCGCACAUAUGGGGAUCCCUGCAUAAUCAUGCCUUUAAGGAGGCUUUAUUUGCUGCAGAACGUCUGUUUGCAGAAACAAAGAAUGAAGAAAGCCUGUAUUUGCUGGCCACUUGCUUUUAUCGGAUGAAUCGACCGAAGCAGGUUAUCCGCCUUCUCAAUUCAAAUACCUUUUCGUCUCCGAAAAUUCGUUACCUCUUAUCAAAAUGUUACUUUGACUGUGACAUGCUAAGCGAGGCGGAAAAUUCUCUUCUCGAAUCUGACUGCUCCUCGAAGUCUCUAAUUGACACUCUUCUGGAUUUUGGUGAACAAGCUUGCUACGCCUUUCUUCUCCUUGGUGAUGUGUAUAAAUUGCAGAGUAAUUUUCCUAAAGCUCAAAUGUGCUACAAAGAAUGUCUCAAGCUGAAUCCUUUCAUGUGGACGGCGUUCGAGAACCUCUGUUCUAUUAGUGAGUUUGUUGAUCCCGAAGAGGUGUUCAAAAUGAACCCUUCCCUUGGUCUAUUUACACCGACAUUCACUGUCUUUGGGCAGGCACCUUCAACUACCAAGUCUCCCGUGAAUGUCAACAUCAAAGCAGAGAGGGAUAAACUUGGCAGUAGGGAGAAUGUCAAUCCAAACAGUCCCGUCAAAGAGGUUUCUGAAUUGCCACUUGAUAGUGAUGCAGAAAAAAUAACCGCGCCGCUUAGCACUACUCAAGUUGUAAAAAGCACCUACGUUUCCCAAUGUACAGCCACCAAUCAAGACUUUCCUACCACCCAUUCUCUUUUGCCCGAUGAUCUUUCAAUGAACUUUACCCCCGUUGGCUACCCGGUGACCGCAAUUACACCUAGUGCGCCCGUAAUAAAUCGGGAUGAGCUCAAAUCUAAGAAAAUGCCUGCUAAUGAUAAGGCAACUUCAGCUAAUGAAAUCUCAUCGUUUGGCUUCUUGUCAACGAUUCCUCCAAGUCCCAUUUUUGCAUGUCUCCCAGUCUUUUCUCGUCUUGAUUUGAACUCCACAUUUGCUGUUUCUGUAUCAAGUUGGGAAAGCAGUCAGCCCUUCAGACUAGCGUUCCAUCAAGCCACUGUUAAUCGUCGACUGAACAGUCGUCAAACUCCUAUUAGCAAUCAACUUCAAUCAACCAUUCUUUUCAACACGUCUUCUACAAACGCUACCUCAGCCCUGGCCCAUUGGCGGUCGAAAGAUGCUAAAGUUUCAACACCCAUGGCAACCAAUACAUCGGUAUCUCUCUCUGGUGGUAUUUUUGGACCUAACUGCACCCCGGUCGGACCCUUGGGAAGUACUAGCACCCCUGCUAGCAAUGGAACUGCUGCAUUUCCCGGAGUAAAACCUCUUAUUCUUGAUGAGCUGAAUGAGACUACCAAUGUCACCACUUCCCGAGUGAAUAACACACCGAUGGAGGUUAGUGAAGCUGCUGAGGAUCUUUGUCGGGACUCUUCUGCAUCUGAUGGAGGUGGUUUUACCGAACCGCGCACCCGAGCUCAGAAAGCUCGUGCGGCAGCCUCUGCUGGUCAACGAAGGUCUCCGCGUCUCAGCAGGGCUCCCAGGCCAUCUGCUGAUGACUCAAUGAAUGAGGAGUCUCGAAGGUCGUUUGUGAGAUUCGUUGCCACCACAAAAAUGCCACAUCGAUCUCCGGGGGGCAAAGAAGAAGUGUCAGAUUAUCCGAGGGUGGUUUGUACGGCUUCAGGUGACAGAAACGAUCCUCGCACUGAGGCGGUCUCGGCAUAUUUACAACUUCUUCGAUGUCUGGGACGCUCUUUUAAUCUCCUCACGCAGCAUGACUACAAAAGUGCCGUUGCUGUCCUAUCCGAAUUGCCUUUUGAGCAUCUUGCCACCGGCCGUAUGCUUGCAUGGGCCGCUAGAGCUCAUGUCGAUGCCGCUGACUAUCCCAAAGCUCAUCGCAUUUUUAGCGAACUGAGACGUCUCGAGCCAUGGCAAUUGUAUGGCAUGGACCUCUACUCUACCGUGCUCUGGUACCAAGAGGCUGAACAGGAGCUCUCUCAACUGGCAGGCGACCUUCUCACAUUGGAUCGCACUGCUCCAGAGCCCUGGACUACUGCCGGUAACUAUUAUUCCCUUCAACGCGAGCAUGACACUGCGAUUCGCUUCUUCCGUCGAGCUAUGCAAGUCUGUCCUACGGACGCCUACGCAUGCACUCUCCUAGGGCACGAGUACAUCUCAGUGGACAACUUAGACCGUGCAGCCUCGGCUUUUCGACACGCGCUGCGUCUGGACGAGCGUAGUUACAGUGCUCGAUUCGGCCUGAGUAAUGUGUACUUCAAACAGGAUUAUUUUGGUUUGGCGGACGCGCAUCUCGUACGAGCAGUUAGCCUCUUUCCCAACUCUUCCCUCCUACUCACUCACUUGGGUGCGAUCCGAGCACGGAUCGGGCGAUUAGAUGAUGAGCCGGGGAGCGCGAUCGAUUGUCUUAACAGGGCGGUCAAUUUGAAUCCCACAAGUCCGAUCGCUCUAUACCAUAGGGCCUGUGUGCUCUCAUCGCUGGGACGUUAUCAGGAUGCAAUAGAAGAGUUAGAGCGGUUGAUGCUGAUAACUCCACAUGAGGCGAUGAUCUACUUUAUGUUGGGCCAUGCCUAUCAGAAGGUGGGCAACUCCCCCCAAGCCAUGAUCUACUACUCCUGGGCCAUGGAGCUCGAUCCAAAGGGUGUGAAUACCAACCUGCGUGAUAUAAUGACUAGUGUGCCCACAGGCCGCCAGCAGCCUUCUCUCGGUCCCUUCGCCUGUGCUAUUAGCACCUCAACUUCAGGUCCAGGAGCGUCAGAGGCAUCCACCUCUGCACCAAUCAUAACGGGUCUCGCCUCACGUUCGCAUCAUCGACGUGGUGGAGCUGGUGGUAAUGCCGGACGCUCGCGUCGCUCCACCCGGGGCCGGCAAGCCACUACUCGCGGUCCUCCGACUCGCCGUCUUUUCCUCACGUCUACUCUUUCCACUGCUACAACGGCUGUCGCCACCCCUACCAGUAAUGAUGGCGAAAUCACGGAAGAAGUCCCCGCUGGUGGCUCCUUGGGAGGGAUGAAUUUCUCCUUAUUCCCCGACGGUGAGACUGGCGGAAGCAUUUAUCGUUUUCCGUGGAAUCGGCGAAGAGGCACUGUCCCGUUAGGAAGCGGGGUCGGGGAAACGGAAGGCGAGGGAGAUGCCGAGGCAGAGCCAGAGGAAAGCGAAAGGGAAGGGGAUGGAGAGAUCGAGGAAGAGACUAUGGAUAUGGGUGAUGCUUAG